UAGAUGAUCAGGCGAAAAAAGAAAGCAAGAAACAAAUGUUGGUGUUGGGUGGUGAGUUUGCAAUAACAUGAGAGAAUGAUCAUUACCCGCCAUCACUCAUCCUUCAGAUGCAAGCAAGCAACUAACAGUUCUCAACCACCUCAUUCCCACAUUAUCUUUUCUUCAUCACUCACUUCUUCCCAUUUCUUGAUUCUUUACUCUCUGCUGCAUAAUUCAACAUUUCAAGCUCUAAUGGAUACUUCAACACUGCUUGUUUCGUUAUGUUUCUUGUCUCAUUUCUUGAUACCAAACAAGAUUUACGUAGCAGCUUUGCAUACAUAUCAGCAUAAUGAUGAUGCAGUAGCAAAUGUAGAAGAACAGCAGAGUAGUCAGAACGCGGCAGUUGAUAGAUCGGAGCUUUGCAAUACAGAUAUGAGUACUUUUCUUCCUCCACCUUACAACAACAUAUCAAACAUGGCCUGUUCGCCUAUUUGGAAUAAUUUCCUUCUCAGGUAUCACAAGAGAGAGGGGAAUUUGGUGACGUUUAUAGUAUCAGCUGAAUACACUAGUGGAUGGGUAGGAAUGGGAUUUUCAAGAAAUGGGAUGAUGACAGGUUCGAGUGCCAUGGUAGGAUGGUUUACAAAGCAAGGUCAUGCGCAGAUCAAACAGUACUAUUUGCAAGGUCCUAGAUCAUCACAAGUCAUAGCUGAUGCAGGUGAAAUAGACCUGACGAAAGUUCCACCUGCUGUUGUUCUUCAUGGACCCAUGAUUUACUUGGCAUUUCAAGCUAGAUUUGAAAAACCGCUUACUCGUCAGCCGAUUCUGUUGGCUUUCGGAACCGAAUAUCCUAGAAAUCAUCGCCUCUCCAUUCACGAUGACAAGACCACCAUUCUUUUCGAUUUCCAUGCAGGUUCUGCUUCUCAGCAUAUAAAUCCAGGGGUGAUGAUGAAGAAUCAUGGGAUAUUGGGAAUCUUUGCUUGGACUCUGCUUCUUCCUGUUGGAGCAAUUAUUGCAAGAUAUUUAAGGCAUAAAGAUCCACUUUGGUAUUAUCUACAUGCCGGUUUCCAGUUUGUAGGAUUUCUCUUUGCCCUAGCUACUGUAGUUCUCGGGCAACAGCUCUAUUCUAAAAUCAAUGCUGAUUUACCAGCACAUAGAUCCAUUGGGAUUCUUGUUUUAACUCUUAGCGUUCUUCAGAUAUUGGCAUUCUUUCUACGACCAAAGAGGGAUGCGAAAAUCCGGAAAUACUGGAACUGGUACCACAGUUGGUUUGGAAGAAUUGCCCUAUUCUUUGGAGCUUUAAAUGUGCUAUUAGGAAUCCAAGCAGGAGGGGGAGCUAUUGCAUGGAAGAUAUGCUAUGGGUUUUUAAUCAGUACUGUAAUCCUGAUGGUUAUCAUAUUAGAAAUUUUGUCUCGGGUGAGAAAAUCAGAAACCACUCCAUUUUCUUCAUUCCAAAUGAAUUCAAUUCCAAUUCCGUAAGAACGUUGCUGCAGUCUAUGAACUCAGCUCAUACGGGACUCUGAAAACUACUUUUUAUGAAACAUGGUGAUUAGAGAAAUAGUUAGAAAGAUUUCAGCUCUAGGGAAAUCAUAAAAGAAACACCAAACUACAUUCUGGUUCAAUUUUGUAUACCGACUGUAUAUUGUGCAAAAGAAACAGUGGAGAAAUUUCUUUUUUAUUUCUA